UGCAUGAGCCACGAGGUACCACUGCAGGUUCCGGCGUUUGAUAAGCCACGCGGUACUUUAUGAGAUUUACGCGCCCAUUUCGGUUCUUUCGGUAAAAAAAAAACACUUUUUGCGUAGUGUGUUCGGUUCAAACUUUGCAUCAGUGAAUUAUUUUUUCCCUAUACUUUAAUUUAGUGUGGAAUAAUGAUUACUUUGUACCGAACUAUCAAAGGUACCACUAAAGGUAGAAAGAAGAGAGAAAAAAAAGGGAUACCUGCCUUAGAACUACCCUUACCUGAAACCCCGUCAGAAAUGGUAUCCAGACGUAGAAUCCUGUCUAGGUCGCGCGAUGAUCUCCACAUGGACUCCACCUUUCAAGCACCUGAAGAAGAAGAAGAUGUAUGGUACCAAAAAGAAAAAUUAUACAAGGAUCACAUACAGGAAGUUUUGGACAAAUGGACACAAAUUGACGACGAGAUCUGGUCAAAAGUCAUCGUUUUAGAAAGAAAUAGACGAGUAGCAAAAGCUUAUGCCCGAGCACCUGUUUUAACAGUUAAUGGAUCAGAUGAUGGCUUCGAUGGUUUCAGAAUUGGCUUGUGCGGUUUUGACAAUCCAAUGCGAGACCCAAAAACAGAGGAGUUCAAAAGACACAUAGGCCACGGUGUGAAAAUAAAAAUGGAUGAUGCUGGGAACAUACUAAUCAAGCGAGUAUCGAAGUGCAACGUGUAUAUCAAAAGUACGGGACAAGACGACGAAAACGCAAUAGGAAACGAAAUUUUGAAACUGACCAAUUCGGCGUUAGAGCCAGAAAAACCCGUCAAGUUGUUUGACAUGAAGAAAUUCCAGUCAAAUGUGAACAGGGAGUUAAGACGGGCAUACCCCGACCGCAGGAGACUGGAAUGUCAAUGUCUUAGUGCAAUAGCAUUUGUUAAAAACGAACAAGAACUGUUGGAAUGUCCUAUUUGGGUGCUCAUUAUCAAUGUGGUCGCCAUGGAUAUGUUGAAAUCAAAACUACCACCAGUACAACGAGUAAUGGAUAUAAAGAACAGACCACGCAUCCCCAUACCCGACGAAGAUCCCUACAGCAUUGCCGGAAACGGAAGCGGCUCUUCCGGAAGUUCCGGUUUUGCGGGAGGCAGCGUUGCCGCUACCAGAGAACAGUUGAUGCUCCAGAGUCAACAGCACGCUCAAAGACGAGGCGAUAAGCCUCCAAAAUUACCACCUAGAGAUAUGUACCCGCACGAUAUACCUAAGCCUGAUUAUGACGAUCAAGAAGAACAAAACAUGAUUAAAGCGUUCCCUUCAUCCAGAAAUAAUAAGGAUAAAUCGAAAGAUAACAAAAAAUAUGAUGAUCCUUAUUACUGUGGAUUGAGAGCUCGAGUUCCGAACUUUGCAAAAACAAAAUCUAAGGAGUCGAUGCCUUCCAAAAGAUAUUCCAUAAGCCAACAACAGCAACAACAAAUGUUGAUGCAUCAACAAAUGAACAUGAAUCAUCAUCAAAUCCACCCCCAUUCGAUGUGGCACGCUAGGAGUUAUGAAAGUGGCAUAGAUUCUGAUGCGAUGGAAUCGCCUUAUAACCAAAUCUAUGGGCGAUUACCAAUUCCUACCAGGAAUUAUAUACCUCCACAACCUCGGACAAUGUAUAUUGGAGAGUGGGAUUGAAAAAUAUUAUAAUUCAUUGUACAUUCCAUCAUUUUAAUAUUAUUUUACUCGAAAUGGCUCUUCUACAUAUUGAUUUUUUCAAGAAUCAAUUCUUCUACCAUUCAUAAAACUAUUUAAAUCUAACGCAUUUGGUUAUACCCUUUUUUAUUGUUAGGCUAACUAAAAAUUAUGGGACUUUAAAAUUGUUACAUUUCUUUCUUAAGUACUAAUAAGUUUCAGAUUUAAUUACCGUACUCAUAACGUUAAUGAUUGAGUUUUUUGUAAAUAUUUCUAAGUAACUAUAGAAUUACGAAAUGCAAUAUUAUAUUUAAAACCUUUAGCAAAAUUACUUUAUGAAAUACUCAAAUAAUUUGUAAUAGGAUAUUAAGAUAUGGUGCGUUAUCAUAUAAUCUUGUAUGUUAUAGUAACAUAUAUUUGUCUUGAAUAAUGUGAUUACGUUUAGUAAAUAUUUUAUAAUUUUA